UAUGCAUAUUCCAUACAUAAUGGGCACCCUGUAUAUCCGUUUAAGGUUGUGGCCUAUGCGGUUUAAAUUCAAAAGUGUACCGCCCGAUCAUCCUUUAGUUAUUUUUUAUACCUAGAAUAGUAUGAAGCCCAAAAUUAGACCAAUAGUUAAAUUUAAUGCAUAAAUACUUGCAUCCCAAAUAUCACUAAGCCGGGUUAAGUUUUUUGAUUUCAUUAAACAUAAAAACAAAAUUCCAUUGAUACCUACCGAGGUAAUAACGAUCGAACGGUGUAUAUAUACAACCUUGCAGUUGUGCAAGAUCUAUUUUUUAAAGUCAAAGGCUACUACUGUGUUUUAAAAUACACCUUUCAAAGGUUGUUUGAUAUCCUUAGUCUCCUUGCAAGGACGAAUUGUUUUUGUAUUAUGUGGAUUAAAUCAACGUGUUUUCGGAAUCCAUUAUAUUAUCGUCGCGUUGGCUAUAAAUCCCGAAGUCCAGAAAAAAGUUUGUAACGAAAUAGAAGAAACAUUAAAUAAGUUCGAUGGUGAACUUACCUUUGAAGUCAUAAACUCGAUGAACUAUAUAGAGAACGUCAUUUUUGAAACUCUUCGAAUCCAUCUGUUUGUAAGUAUUAUCGAUAGAAGAUGCACAAGAAAUUACACCAUUGAUCCGCAACAUCCAGGCGAAAAACCUGUACAUCUAAAGGAGGGCGACUGCGUCUGGAUUCCUGCAGGUGCAAUCCAUCACGAUCCAAAACAUUAUCGAAACCCGCAAACAUUUGAUCCAGAUCGAUUUGGGAAGAAGAAACCAUUUUCGUUAAUGCCGUUUGGUAUAGGACCUAAGAACUGCGUAGGAUCAAGAUUCGCUAUAUUGGAGUGUAAGUUAAUGUUGGUAGAGAUUUUGAGAUACUUUGACAUCGUGCCGGUUAAGAAAACGAUCAGUCGUCAACCUACAUUUAAAGACACAUCAAUUGGAUUGAACCGUAAAACUUUAAGGAAUUAACUGUAAUUUCUGUGGUUCUUUCCGUAUGGUACUAAGUGAGCUAAUUUUAAAUAAAAAUCCAGCCAGAUGUA